AUGAAUAAAAGUGUGUAUCCGAGUUACUGGAAGAUAAGCCAGGUGUCGCCUGUAUUCAAGGAAGGAAACAAAGCAGAUAGCCAACUUAGUAAGCUUCGAACGAGUACAAGUAAUGGCCACAAAGUGGAUUCUUAAUUGCAAUCUGACUACAAAGGAAGACUAGUCAAACUUAAACUACUGCCAUUAUGCCUCUACGUUGAAAUGCCUCUACAUCUUCUCAUGCCCACGACCUCUUCGCACAGCUUCAAAAUAAUUAUGGGAGACGAAGUACAUCAAGAGCCUUUCCCAAGUGCAUUUAAACCCAAAGUUUCUAUCGAAUCCAAAGUUGCUCAGCAACUGAGAACGGUUGCAGCAGACGACGAGGAAGUUGAAGAAGAGGAGGAAGAGGCCGAUGAUGAUGAUUCCUAUCGAAAAGCGAUAGCUUCAACUGUUUUCAAAUCCAAAGAUGGAGCAAUGUUGAAGCGUAAAGAUCAUAACGUCGGUCUGCCCCCGCUAUUUGACGAAGAUGUGCAUGACGUCACCAUUUCGAGACAACUGAGGCAGUUCGUCGAUGCCACUGAGUGUGUGAAGGGGGGUAGGGGUUGGUGGAAGCACGAAUUCUGCUAUCAACAACAUAUCUAUCAUUUGCAUUAUGAGACAAACCCUCAAACUAAACAAUCUUAUGUGCAAAAACGAAUUGUCCUUGGGAUGUGGAGCAAAGAUGAACAUAUCAAAUGGACGAAAGGGCAGCCGAAAGAAGCAUAUCGCAAUCUUGACGCGAAAAAAUCAACAGUUACUCUAUAUUACGGACAAGGCGAUAUAUGCCACGAAAACAAUGAUUAUAGACAUACGUUGGUAAAAUUGAGAUGUUCGCCUAGUACCAAAAGCACAGCUAGUAUUUCAGUAUCAUUGACUGAACCAAAACUAUGCAGUUAUAUUAUGACAGUCGAUUCAGGUAUGUUUUGUGAUCUUUUGAAACAUGUAGAUGAAUAUGGAAUUCCAAUUAGAGGCCAGUAAGUCGACCAUUUUUGCUGUUUAAUGCUUGUAAUUUCAAAUCAGUUUGCACGGGUAAAACAAAUUAAGUCGGAAAACAGAAACAGAUUAAGAUUAUUAUGUGCACUUACAGUUAUACUGUUUUAUAAGAUGAAUCGAUGCUUUUCAAUACAAAAACUGCCAAAUUCAGGCACCUCUUAAUGUUUGGCAUUGUUUAAAGAAGAGCUAAUACAUCUCACCAAUUCAGAAAUCAGCAAAAGUUUUGGUAAAUAUAAGUAACAGUAGUUAUAAGUAAGUAAAAACAAAUUCCUGGGUAGGAAUUAUUUCGAAAUUUAUAGCCGGUUAUCGAUUCAGAAACAUCUUAAUAUGAAUUUCGAUAUUUUUCCCACCUUUAAACCUGUGGAGCCUCCCAUUUCAGUACUAUUCUAGGACAUCUAAUUUUUACUCACAGACUCUUAAAUUGUUGUAAAGGCGCUAGUAGUAUUGUUAUUUCACACGAGGAUGGGGGGAGCGGGUGAUCACCCGUAGGGGUCAUUGGAAUCACUAAUGAGCCCAUGUAUAAAAUUUUUUGGCAAUAAUCUCUACUCUAUGUACUUCUAAGGAUCUCAACUAUAAGUUUUUGUGGGAAUGACCCUUAGUUUUUUGCUAUAUAGUUUGCAAAUAAGUGCCAUUUAGCUGUUAACUAUUUAGAGCAAAGAGUGACUCAAAAAAGUGCCAUAUCUCCUAAUCCCGUAAUAGUAUUUAGGGGUAGCAAAAGGUGCCACUAACAUCAAACUUAGUGUUUUGUUGGGAAAGGUACCACACAGUAACAAAUUUGGGGUAAGACUAAAAACCUAAUUAUUAUAAAUUUGGGUGUAAAGAACAAAAAUUGGGCUAUCCUACCUGUGUACCCUAUGUUUAACUUUAGUACCCUAUCCAAGUCGUUUUCUGAAUAGGCUCAUUUUCAAAAAAACGACGCGGAAUUUUAUAUAAUCAGAAAACGGUCGCAGAAAGCGACUUGGGUCUGAGUGUAAUUAGAAACCGAUCCAAAAAACAACUUUUGGUCGAUACCUGUGUUGGACUUGGAAAAUGGCAGAGUUUUUCCAACAAACGACUUAGGGCUAAAAUAACACGUGAAUUGGUCAAAAAAUCAUACGAAAACCGCUAAAAGCUAUGAAAACUGGUCAGAAACCUCAUAAGUUACCAAAACUCUCUGGGAAACCACCAAAAUUUCACAAAAAAAACACUACAAAUAUGAAAAACAAGUAGCGUGAUAGAAAAUUGGUGGGAAACACCAAAAAAAUGGCCCAAAAAUUCAGAAGCAAAAAAAAAACCGCUAAACUAUAAAAAUUGGUCCAAAACCCUAAAAGAUGCCAGAAAAUCUAUGGAAACUACCAAAAACACCGAAAUAAACGGUCGGAAAAAAAAACAGAAAAUUAGUCAAAGAAUCGUAGAAAAAUCGAUAAAAGCUAUGAAAAUUUGUCUGACACCACACCCAAAAUGAUGCCGAAAAACUCAGGGAUUACCCAAAACUCGAAAAUUGUCAAAACCAACGUGAAGUGGUCAGAAAAAUUUGAGAAAGGAAAGUUAUCAUUAACAGUUCUAAUUACCAAAUGUUGUAAAAAAAACUCGUGAAAUAUAGAAGAAACAUCUUAAAUCAUAUAUAAACUGCUGAAAGCUGUAAAAAAGGGCCUGACACCAAGAAAUUGCCAAAAGUCUGGAAACUACUAAAAACCAAAAGUAAUCAAACUAAAAAAAAAUAGGUAAACUGAAUAGGUCUGUAAAAUAGGUAGCCGAUUACUGUGCAAGUGGCACAAUGCUCCGACCAUAGACUAAAAAAAUACAACAAAGUUAUUUCAAAUUUUUGUCGUUUUCUAUUUCGGCGUGGUGUGAUCAAAAGAGCUAAACAAAAAACUUGAGAUUAAGUGUAUUCGACAGUCAUACUAAAAUAAGCAAAUUAAAAAAGUUUUUUCAAAAAAGUUACUUGAAAGAUGAAAAAAAAUCAAAUUGUCUGGAAUUAAAGGCCAGUAAUGACACUGUACUACCUCUUUAAGAGCUUAUAUAACCAUAACAUUCCAGAUUUUUUCUCUGGAAAUCUUGUGUUGUUUUUUACAUAAUUCAGUCUAGCAAAAAAUAUAUAACUUGUCAAAUUUGAUUAUUAUUUGUUGGAAUGACGUGAAAUUGCUUGAUAGUGAUCUCAGAGGGUCGAUAAUGACUAAUAUAUCCUCUAUAGGAGCUAAAAUAAACACGAAUCGUAUCCACGAAACAAUUUAUUCUACGACGCAACUAUUCAAUUUAGAAUUUUUGUUUUAAAAAAUCGAAUGUGCAAUUGAAUAUUGUCGGGUCGGUGUUUGAGUUGUUCUGAAUUACAAAUACGAUGUUUUUAGACCUAAUGCUUUUCUUUUUUAGUUAAAUUAAUAUUAUAUUUACUGUUUUAUCAUAAGGUUUGUGGGGGCAAAAAUCAAUUUGCGAACUGAUUUGGAUUGCAAUAGUUUCAUUGUUUUCUCAGUGUAGAAUAAAAUGUCUGGGAUCUAUGAAGUAUUAUAUAUUCUGUAAAUUUAUUUUGGUUUUCAA